ACCCCUCCAAACAACCCAGCGAAUUCGUCUGGCGAUUGAAACGGUCAAAAGUUACUUCAUAAAGUGUGGAGAAACGCGAAUAUCGAAUGGAGCGAGAGUUAGACGAGGACGAGUUGCAAGAUUUGUACGCAUGGAUAGAUAAAAUUCGUCUUUCCAGACCGAAAAGAAACAUCGCGAAUGACUUCAGCGACGGAGUGAUGGUGGCCGAGGUCGUCAAACAUUUCUUCCCCAAAAUUAUUGACCUGCACAACUACACUCCUGCCAGCUCCACACAACAAAAGCUCAGCAACUGGAACCUCCUCAACAGAAAGGUGUUUUCUAAGUUGAACUUCCACGUGCCUGAGAAGUUGGUGAAGAAGAUCGUACUGCGAUCCGCGGGGGUGAUCGAAAGCGUGCUGAGCGGCCUCAGGGAGAAGAUCGAGCAGAGGCUAGACCACAAGGCACGCAACAUAUCGGAUUUGGAAUACUAUGACACCAGGAACCCAGAGAAAACUCUCACAGAACUUAGUCAGAGCGAGGCCAGAUAUCUGUCUCAGAUGGUACGCGAGGAGGUGAAAAGGGAUGACAAGUUAAAAAUGGAGACAAGUAAACUACAACACACCGCUCAGUUUUACUCCAAUUUAGACCCAGCUGUACGCCAACUUCUAAAGGAAAAAGAGCACGCGGCCAUGGCUUUGCAGGAGACAGUGGAGAUCCUACAGAUGAAGGUAAGCAAGUUGGAGCGCCUGGUUCAGCUAAAGGACAUGCGGAUAGACGACCUGAGGCACAAUCUGGAGAUGUGUACCUGUCUGAAAGGAAAGCCCAUUGAUUCUAAACCCAGCAGCAUUUAAGCACUUCAAAGAAACGCUCGGCUCUUGUGCGGAUUGCAAUAGACACUUUAAAUUGUUUGCUUAGCUUCAGUUAAUCCCUUCCAAACACACACACAAAAAAAAAAGAGGCAAGGUUCAAGUGCAUUUCACAGUGAAACCUGAUUGAAUGUGGGACUGUUUCCUAUUGGAAAUAACGGAAAUCGAAAUGAUCUUGAAAACACAGUUGAUUAUAUGAUGCCAGCUAACAUAAAUUAUGGGAACAUACAUGGAGGAUUUUCCAGAAUGUGUUGCAAUAUGCUGACAUAUAUUUUGUGCAUGAAUUUGAAUGUUAAGGUUGUACUUUUAUUUUGUAUGACCGUGGUAGACUUAAAAAUUGUGUUUACUGUAAUGACGUUUUUAAAUAGUUAGAAAAAAAAAAUCCUAUCGCGUUGUCUAAUUUAGAGUAUUCAAUCAACCUUCCAUUCAUUUUGGGGAUGUGGGAGGAAACCGGAGUGGCCGAAGAAAAGCCACGCAGGCACAGGGAGAACAAGCAAACUCCACGCAUGCGGGGCCAGGAUUUGAGCUCAAGGGUUGUCAAGCAGACAUGCUCACCAGUAGGUCACCGUGCCGCUAAUAUUUGUACAACAACUAAAUCAAGCUAAUAGACUUAUGGUUUACAUUUUGACGGAAUACAUCAUAAAAUAUUCUAUACUAAAAGGAUCCUUCUUUUUAGUCAUAUACAGUACUUUGAAGUACAUUAUACAUAAAGCCUUUUAAGUCAAGAAUUUGUGUGUAAAACACAUGCCUUAUUGAUCCUUAAAAUAGUGAAAAUUAUUUCAGAUUAGAAAUACAUAAUAAUGAUCGUGGUAGAUUGCUUUUGGAACAUUUGUUGUAAGGUGCUUAGAGGUGGUGUCAUUUUUCUUCUUUUUUUCCACUACUGUGAUUAUUAUUGUUUUCCCUUUAAGGUAUAUCUAUAUAUUUUUAUUGCUCAUUUACGGGUAUGAACUUGGUUGAGGAUGAUUUACUAGAUUAGAUAAUUGGAGAUGAGAGAAACCCUCCUAUUUUGUCAUUUAUAAAGGUAUUAUUAUCACACUGUUAAUGAAUGUAAAUUAGUUCUUUCUCUGUAUAUAAAAAUGUGGGGGAAAAAGAAAUACAUAAGAGUGAAUAAUAAGUGUCUUUUUUUGUUACAAGGGAAUGCUUUGCAAUACACCAGCAAAUGUACUUAUUGUAUAUGUUUAUCUAAAUGUAGGUGUCAAAUGAGGGAGAUUUCCUGUAUGUUUUACUUUAUUGUGAUUUUGUAUUACUUUUAUAUAGAGUUUUAAAUUGAAGCAUUAUUUUCUUUUCAUAAGGUUCUGUUGUGUGUGAAGUGUUAAGAUGUUUAUUUUUUCCCUUUAAACCUACCUGUAAUCCUUUAGAUGUAUACAACUUGUGACUUGUGACUACCGUGCGCUCAAUAAAUC